AUGUGCCGAUCACCUCUUCUCCUCUCUCUCCUCGUGGUCGCCGCGCCUGACAGAGUUAUCCCUGCAAGGACCGUCUUCGCCCUCAUCAUCAUCAACAAGGCCGGCGGCUUAAUCUACAACAAGACCUUUCACGAUGCCGGCCUGCAAAAGAUUAGCACAAACGAUUACCUCGUCCUCGCGGGCACCUUUCACGGCGUCCACGCCAUCACAGCCCGCCUCAACCCCGUCAAGCAGGCGCCCCUCCCGCCGACGCACCCGCCCGGCGCCAACAUGCUCCCCAGCCGCCCCGAGCCGUCGUCGGGCCUCGAGGUGCUCGAGACGGAAAACUUUCGCAUGCAGUGCUUCACCACCCUCACCGGCACAAAGUUCCUCCUCUUCACCGAUACCACGCAGACAAACGUUGACGUGACGCUGCGGCGCAUUUACGACCUCUACUCCGACUACGUCAUGAAGAACCCCUUCUACUCGCUUGAGAUGCCUGUGCGUUGCGACUUUUUUGAUCGCAAGUUGUUGUCGUAUAUUAGAGAGAUAAACAACCGGUAA